AUGCCUCCCUCGCCCCCUUUCCUCACUCGUGCUCUCGUGAGAUCUUCCCUUCCCAUCGCGUCGCUUUCUCGCCAUGUACAUCGAUCUCGAGUCACGUUCACGCAUCUUGACGGGACGCCCGGGCCUCUCCAUCAGGCGCCAAGACAUGUCCUGUCCUCUUUGUGGCACGUGCAAGGAGUGCUUGGAUGCAGUGGCAGAAGGGCGACGGGAGAUAGGUGGGCGACUACGGGAGCGGGAGCGGAGAAAGGGAAGGAGACAACUGUACAGGUAGUUAUGUCGACCAAGACACCAUCAGCAGGGGGGGUCGGGAGCGCAGCGGCGGAGGAAAGCAGCAACAAGGAAAGGGGAGAGGCAGGGGACGGAGCAGAGGCAGGGGCGGGAAAGACAGGAGUGGAGGCAGUAUCGACAACGGCGUCUCCUUCAGCAGGCGGGAAGGGAGAGUCACCACGAAAGGAGGAAAAAGACAGAAAAAGCAAAACAGGGGCGUCGACAGCGAAUGUCCCAACAUCGAAAUCAUCUCCGAUGAACAGCAAGCGUUUGAACGAAGAUGAAUGGAAAAAAGUGUUCGAAUGUCCCACAUGCAGAGCUCGCUUCCCCAUGUGGAAGAAGCUGUCGGUUCAUCUUAAAAGGCGCAAGCAUAUCCUGCGCGGGGUCGUGAAAACUUGGAAAGAGGUCAAGGAGCUGCUUCAGGUUUUGUUUGUCGUUGUACUUCAGAUCGUUGACAUGCUCAGAAACAUUUAUCGGAUGCAUGACAUUGACAAGCCACCGAAGUUGACUAGGAUGGAUAGGGACACACGGUUGCCAAAGAAAAAGGGAAAGGUUCAGCCAGGGGCAUGA